UGCCUGUACUAUUUUGGUCACAGCCAAGCAAUACCUCGGUGAUCCCAUAGAUUGCAUUGUUUAGGAAAUCCCUCAAAAUGUAAUGUACACGUAUUGCUGGAUUCACUCGACAUUCUCCAUUCCGAAUGCCGUGCAUGGUCGAGAGGGGUUGGAGAAUGCUCAUCCAGGUGUGGCCCCACCACCGAUUUAUCAAGAAUUAAAAGAUGGGGAAACCAAGAAUGAUGAAGAGAGUUUCCAAUACCAUAAAUAUUACCAAUGGGUGGCACUCACUCUAUUCUUCCAAGCCUGUUUAUUCUACUUACCCCAUUAUAUUUGGAAAUACUGCGAGGAUCACAAAAUGAAGCUUCUCACAGAAGGCAUCUGCGUGCCAAUUGUGGAUAACGAAGUCAGACAAAGUCGAAUCAGUGCGUUGGUCACCUACUGCAAACGCAAUAAGGGCAACCAUAACCUGUACGCUAGAAAAUUCUUUGUGUGCGAGUUGCUGAACUUCAUCAACAUCAUGAUCCAGAUUUUCUUCACCGAUUUGUUCUUGGAUGGACAGUUUACAAAAUAUAGAUCCGAAGUAGUGUCUAUUUCAGAAAAGGACUUCAGCGAAAGAGGAGAUCCUUUAGAUCGUGUAUUUCCUAAAGUGGCCAAGUGCACCUUGCACAAAUUUGGGAAAAGAGAUCCAGAAGAGGACGAAGAAAGCGACCAGAAAACUGAAAAGGGGACAAACGAACCCAAGGAUUCAAAAGAACACGACCACCACAAACCAACAGACAAUGAGGAUCCAGAAAAGGUUCCUCUGAUUCCAUUUGAGCCGCAUGAAGGAAACUUGUACCCAAAUGCUCAUGAGGUAGAAUGAGCCAUGAGUACUACUCCUCCCUCGGGUCAGUCACCAACAACGUCUAAGGAACCAAAUGCAAGUCAAAAUGAAAAUGCACCCCUUCCCGCUCCUUCAAUAGAACAGGUCGAGCCAUCACCAAGUUCGUCAGAGCAACCAAAUAACCGUCAAGUUGCUUCCUCUCCCACUCCGUCAUCAGAGUCUCCCUAUGAGUCAAGAGUCGAAGUUGAUCCUGCCAAUAAGAAUCCCCUUCUUGAGCCUGUGAAGGCACAAGUUUUGAAGGAAACGUCGGAACCGUCGAAAUCAGCACAGACCCAAACUAUGUCCUCUCAAAUGGACCGAGAGGGAGUUAUUCCCAGUUCAAAGUCUCCUGAAGUGCCAAAAUCAGAAGCCAGCUCUGCAAUGGAAGAAAAAUCAUCAAAAGGUUAUGAUACGUAAAUCCAGGGUUGAAGAAAAUGAUUGCACGAUUUGAGAAAAUUUAAAUAUUGGACAAACCAAUCAUAUGUAAGGGAAAAAAUUGAAUAAAACCCAAUCGACAUGCAAAAAAAAAAGCUAGCGCUGAACCAAUUACAAAUUCACCAAACUGAAAAAAACAAAAAGCAAACAAAAAAUAUUGUCAUCAAAUCUUCAUCUCCAGAUCCACAAGUUUUAUAGCACAAUCAUUUGUCUUAUUAUUCAUUUUUAUGGGGCACGCUCUGAACCAACCUCUUUACGUUUUCCCUCAAAAUCAUGGAUUUGUAAAUGUUUUAGCGCUGAAUCUUUCAUUUUUGCCGAGUUCAUGCAAAAUUACUUGAGACCUGUUCAAAAAACGACGCCAACCAAAGAAAAAACGGGACAAGCAAAUCUUUACCAAUUCCAGCUGAGUUGAGUCUUUCUCCUUCGUUUCCAUCUGUCAAAGACUCGAGUCAUCUCUAGCUGGCUGGGUCAGUUUUCCUGUUUUCUCUCUCGGUUUUCUUCAUAAGGAAAUACAUGUUCGUUGAAGAGUUUCUUUCUCUUAAUUCGUGAUCCCUAAACUGGUGACCCCGACGUGAUCGAACACCCUCCGCCACGCCCUACCACCUUCACCAUGGCCUCCAGUACCGACUCCGUUGACCUCAAGUCAAUCGCCACGCCGGAGGGAAUCUUCUCACUGGCAGAGAGGAUUUCUUCGAG